CCUUUUCAUUAAGUAGAGUGAUGUUUUUGAAACGAACAUUUUUUUCCACAUUUGUCAUCUUCCAAAGUGUCCUGCAUGAUUAUCUUGUACAUAACCAUAAAAUCUGAAUGAAGAAGUCGAACGAAAAUUUUAUUAGACACCUGUUAAUCUUCUACCAAAACUGUCUUUGAGAAAGCCUUAAAAAUUUCUAGCAUAUAAAAAUAAAAUGUAUAUACACACAUAAAUGUCUAGCCAUCUGAAGUUGCGUGCAUAUCAAAGAAGACAUAAGAAUGAAUGAGAAGUAGGCACAAAGCUGAGAAAGCAUGAAAAUACAUGAGGCCUGUUUUUUAGCUGAAUUUUUGCACCAAUUCAUUUUUCUUCCUUUUCUCUCCAGGAGAAAACAAGAGGAAGAAAAAUGAACUGGUGCAAAAGUGUAGCUAAAAAGAACAGAUUUAUAACUAAGCAUUUAUGUGUACCUUCUAACAAGCCUUCUAACAACCUUCUAACAAUCACAUAAGUGAUAUGGUGUGACACAAUGGAUCAUUACAUCCUUGUUAUUUGCCAAUGUUAAAUAAAGAUACAUGAUCACUGUGUUGCACUGUGUCACUUAUUGGAAGGCACAUUAUAUCCCUGUGUAUACAAAGAACACAUACUUUUGGAGCUUGUCCUUUAUUGUUGUAUUAAAUUGCACUAAAACUUCUUGCUUACUUUCGUCAAACAUCACAUAAAUAUAUAUCUAUCUAUAUUUCAUUUUAAGUAUCACGACUACUGUAUAGCUACAAUGGAUGCAAAGUCUAGAAAUUUCUAUGGCUUAAAAGAUACGAUUGACAAAGGAACAACCAAUAUAUGACUUAAAAUUUGAUAUUUGUCAGUACAUUGGAUGGAAAUAUAUCAGCCCUCAAUGCUAGCAACUAUGGUAAAAAACAGUGGACUAUUGAUUUUAACAAUGGACCAAUGUUAUCAUCUAGUAUUCAUGACACAGAACUUAACAAUAAUGGACAAUGGGUACGUUUAAUCCCGUCUUUGAGUGGACAAUUAUAUAAAUUUGAUGGAGAAAAUUUGGAAACAAUGCCAAUAACUGCAGAUCAAUUAUUACAUUUAUCACUUCGUUUUUCUGAUGAUUUAGUCUACGCUGGCGGCAAAGAACUUCAUUCUUAUGGUGUAUUCGCCAAUACAGGAGAAAUAAAAUAUAAAUGUGUUUCUGGUGUUUCUGAAUGCAAAAAUAACACAGAUAGUCAAGAAUAUGUAGAAGAAGAUAUACUUAUUAUUCAACGUUUUCAACAAACUGUGCGAGCGAUAGAAGAUCGUGCAGGUAGUGAAAGAUGGAACUUUAGCGUUGGACAGUACGAAUUAAAAUUAAAAUCUCCUGUUUCUUGUUCCAAUGAAGACAUUGCUCUAAAUAUAGAAAUUAAAGCAGUUAUUCCAGAAGGUUUGAUUUGGGCUGUUGAUAAAAGUAAUCCUAAAGUUACAUUAUGGCAAUAUAAGUUUGAUUCUCCAAUUGUUGCAAUAUGGCGUGGAGACGUUUCUUCAGGACCUUUGGAAAAAAUUGAUUUAUUCGAUACCUCUCAAUGGGUCUGGGGAUCAGAAUAUUCUGCAAUUAGGCCAGGUUUAUAUCUAGGCAUGCAUGAAAGACAAUUAUAUGUGCAAGAAAAUUACAAUAAUAAAAAUUUGUUAGAAUCUAAGUAUGUUCAAUAUGUAAAAUAUCCAUGGCAGCCAUAUCCAGCAGCUAUAACUGCUGUUGUAAAUACUUUACCGAAUAAAGAUAACGAUGAAGAUUCCAUUAAAAUAAAUGAAGCACAGAAUGCAAUUGCAUUGUCUGUAUUAUAUAGUUCAGAAUAUAUUAAUGGUAAUGGAUUUUACUUAUAUUCAACGGAUCAAGUAACUAAUAAGCAAUGUAAUCAUAGCAAUUCUGAUAUUCUACUUAUCACUAGCAUGGAAAAAUCUAUGCAAAAUUAUGUCGAAGAGGAAAAUAUUAUACCUACUAAAGUUGUGAUGUCUAUUUGGGAUUGGUGGAAAGAGAUUUUAGUAAUUUCGAUUACAACUGCUUUUUUAUUGAAUUUUAUGUUGACACAACGUUUCUUUAAUGUAACGACAGUCGCUACUAAAGAUGCCAUACCUGCACCUCUAAUAGUUGAAAGACAUAUAGAAACCAAAAUAAGUGAUACAACUGAUAAUAAUGGUGACAAUUUUUAUUCACGUUUCUUAAUGGAUUAUGAGCUAGUUGAUUGCUUGGGAAAAGGAGGGUAUGGCGUGGUUUUUGAAGUCAAAAAUAAAAUUGAUGAUUGCAAUUAUGCGAUUAAAAGAAUUGCAUUGUCGAACAACGAAGAUUCAAGAGAUCGCGUCACGAGAGAAGUAAGAGCAUUAGCUAAAUUGGAACACCUUAAUAUUGUAAGGUACUAUUAUGCUUGGUUAGAGUGUCCUCCUAGUGGAUGGCAAGAAGAGCACGAUCAACAAUGGAUUGAUAAACUAAAAUGUUCCACUGAUUUUCUCUCGUCGGAAAUAACUCAAACCGAGACAAAACUUAAUCAUUCUGUGUACAUUGAUGUUUCACAAACUGAUCAAUCUUCUGUAGAAAGUGCUUGUGAAGCUUUCGAAUUAAAUAAAGUGGCAAACGAUGAUUCAUACAUUAUAUUUGAAAGAUCAAACGAGAAGCAAUAUGAUAAUAAUUCGAUUUGCAUUGAUACUUAUAGUACUGAGAAUUCGGAUUUAUCCAUUUCGAGUAAUAUAACUGAAAAAGAAUUAUCCUAUAAUAAUGAAACCGAUUAUUCUGAAAGUAUUGUGUUUGAAGAAACUGAUGAUAUUGCAAAAGAGAAAAAAAAACGCAAACCCCAAAAACCGUUUUCCUUAGAUUUAAAGAAAAAGCCAAAUACCAAGAAGUCUGCGAAAAUGUUCCUAUACAUACAGAUGCAGUUGUGCCAAAGACUCAGUUUGAGAGAGUGGUUAAAGCAGCACACAUCAGAAAGAGAUUUUAAUCAGAUAUUAAAUAUCUUCCAACAAAUAGUGGAUGCUGUAGAGUAUGUACAUUUGCAAGGAUUAAUUCAUCGAGAUUUAAAGCCAUCGAAUAUAUUUUUUGCUCUUGACGGUAAGAUAAAGAUCGGCGAUUUUGGACUCGUCACUGCGAUGAUUGACGGAUGUGAUAGGACUCAUACACCUGCAGCUGAAUAUGAGAAUGUUUCUUUAAAGAACAAUGUGCAUACUGCAUGUGUUGGCACGCACUUAUAUAUGUCACCUGAACAAAUGAAUGGCCAAAAAACUUACAACUACAAAGUAGAUAUUUAUUCCUUAGGAAUAAUUUUUUUUGAACUCCUUAUACCAUUUUCUACUGACAUGGAGAGAAUAGCAACGUUAUCAAAUCUAAAAAAAUCCAUUUUUCCGAAAGAUUUUUCGAAGAACUAUCCUGCUGAGUAUGAUCUGCUCAAAAUGAUGUUAGAUGAGGACCCCAUGAAGCGACCUACAACAUUAGGAAUUAAAGCAAGACCUCCUUUGCAGAAUUAUGAAGUAGUUGAUUUUAAUACAGAUAAAGAUUCAAAAUGGCAUUUUGAAUUGCCACAACUGACUAGACAUUCCUCUUUAACUAACAGUAGUAACAGCAACGGCGAGUCUGAGAACAUAAAUUGAAUGGAUAAGUUGGAAAUAUUUUUGACAUCUAUUUUCUAUGAAAUAAAGAGUUUUCAUUU